UGUCAGUGUUCUGAUAGAGUCUUGUUAUAAUAAUUUGCGCUGCUCCCUCACCCAUACCGUUAUCAUACCAUUGGACAUUUGUCUUUAGACAUGGAUAUUCUGGGAGACGACGAAGCGCAAGAGCUAAAAUAUAAACGAGGGGGGCGGUUGGAUAUGAGCCACGGUUUCCUGCACCAUAUCCGGAGGAACCAGAUUGCUAGAGAUGACUAUGACAAAGAGGUGAAGCAAGCCAAGGAGCUUCAGCGGCGGAGGCACACCACAACCCCCAGAAAACCCCGGCGACCUGACAUCCAAGUGUACCAUCCACGACGAAGACAUGGAUCAGAGCCAGGGGCCGGUGCUGAAGCUGAAGAGUGGAAUGAGAGUGGGUCAAGCACAGAGACUGAGACCCAGGGGACUGAACUCUUUUGGCUUGACUAUCAGGCAGACUCUGGUGCUAUUACAUCCUUCCUCGUACAUAAGGAUGAUAAGCCUGAGAAAGUGGUGGAGUGUGUUGCAAAAAAGAACAGCUUGGAUUCAGCAAUGAGGGCCGCUCUGGUGGCUCGGAUUCAAAAGGAAAUGGACAAAAGGCGGGACAAACGCUGAGUGAUAAAGCAAGAAUGUGACGGCAGGCAAAAGCCUGUGGAAUAAAAUUUCAUUCAGUUUUGUGCUCUUCAAAGCACAAUCACUGAUCAAGGUGUUCGUGGCAUGGCGAGGAACUGGGUCCUGUGCAGAAACUGUCAGCAGAGAGAAGUUUUCUGUUAUUUCAGGAGAAGGACCAGCACUUACGAUAAACAGUACAGUUAGGAGUUGACGUAUUAGUCUUCACUGCAUUGUACUCACCUUAUGUUACCUCAUAUGCUGAUUCUUAACAAACACUUUUUAUUUGACUGUUUGUGGUCUCUCAAAGGAGCGGAUACACUUUGAGUGAGCGCUAUUAACAUUUCUUCUCAAUGUAAAAUGUUUGUGUUUUAUCGUUUACAAAAAUCAAGCAGAUUUGAAAAUGUUUGUCUGAUAUUUGAAAAUGAGCAUUAAAUGAUUUGUUAUAUAUUUGGA